AUGCGGCAACCGGCGGUUCGGCUGGUGCGGCUGAGUCGGGUGCCGUACGCCGAGCUGCUGGCGCUGCAGGAGCGCUGGUUGCGGCGGCUGCAGGCCGAGCCAGGCACGGAGGGCUUGUCGGGGACUGAGGCGGGCGCCCUCCUGCUCUGCGAGCCCGCGGGGCCCGUGUACACAGCCGGGCUGCGCGGCGGCCUGACGCCCGAGGAGGCGGCGCGGCUGCGGGCCUUGGGUGCCGAGGUGCGCGCCACAGGCCGCGGCGGCCUGGCCACCUUCCACGGCCCGGGCCAGCUCCUCUGCCACCCGGUGCUCGACCUGCGACGCCUCGGCCUGCGCUUGCGCACCCACGUGGCGGCGCUGGAAGCGUGCGCUGUGCGCCUGUGCGAGCUCCAGGGCCUGCCGGGCGCCUGCGCGCGGCCCCCACCCUACACCGGCGUCUGGCUGGGAGAGCGCAAGAUCUGCGCGAUCGGAGUCCGCUGUGGAAGGCACAUCACGUCCCACGGCCUGGCUCUGAACUGUUCUACGGACCUCUCGUGGUUUGAGCACAUUGUGCCCUGCGGGCUGGUUGGGACAGGCGUUACUUCCUUGAGUCAGGAGCUCCAGAGGCACGUCACUGUGGAUGAAGUAAUACCACUUUUCUUUGAGGCCUUUAAGGAGACCUACAAGUGCACGCUGAUCUGAGAGGACAGCCCCAACUGAAGGACAUUCAUGUUAUCACAGCUGAGGGGUCCUGCCUUGGAGUCACUGAAACCCAGAAUCUAGACCUGGCCCUAUCAUUCACUCAUGCGACUAUGAGUAAAUCAUGAGCUCGCAGCCAUUGUUUCCAUAUGUAUCCUGAUUUAUUUAUAUCUUCCCCACCUCAGAUAUAGUAGAUGUGAAAACAUUACGAAAAGCAACACAUGCUCUAUAAAUAAAUGUAAGGCAUUAGCACUAAUGUUGACACCGUUUUCUCAGCUUAGAGAAAUUCAGAUAUUAUAGAGUGUCAUUUAUCACAUAUUUAUCACUUCUUCAAUACUGUAUUUAAUUAGGCAAUUCUGGGCUCUAGUUCCUUUGAUGUUGUAGGACUCACAUCUCUGGAUGGCCCAAGUGUAGGUGAUGUGUUGUGCUUUUUCCUUCUCAAGAAAUGUGGGUACUUUCUGCAAAAAAAGGAAAAGGGAAAGGCCUUUUUGAAGAAUAAAAUGGGAUCCUGUCUUCCUGGGUUGGGUUCUCCAAGCCUGAUAGCCGUUUUUAGUUAGGUCACCUGAGCUAGGCCAGAGGCUAGGGGAAAGACAAGAAUAAUUUCUCACACUGUACAAACGCCAAAGAUAGAAGUAAGUUUUUCUUAUGUGAGAUCUGUAAGUUUAUAAGGCUGUGUAUUAAUUAUCUUGCUGUGUAACAAAUCACCCUAAAACUUAAUAACUUAAAACAAUAAACAUUUAUUAUCUCAUAUA